UUAAAUUUUUUUUUUAAAAAAAAACAUCAUUUACAUUAAUAAAAUUUUUAGAAAAUUAUAUUCUUCGUCUUUUUUUUUUUUUAUCAAUUGUAAAAAAUAAUGAAAUCAAUGAUUAAAAGGAGUUCAAUACAUAGAAAAUUUUUAGAAGUAAUGAAAAAACCAAUCCGCAAUCUAAAUAUCGAUAUCGAUAAAUUAUUACUGGAAUGUAAAAACAAUAAUUCAUACAUGCUGUACCGAAGAAACGAAUUAGUAAAGUUGAAUCAAACGGAGAGCAUUGAGACACAAUUUAAUGAUUUGGUAGAAAAAUUGUGGAAAAAUGAAAGUGACGAAGUAAAAGAAUUUUACAAAGUAUUAGCGGCUGAGGGAAACCGCAGAUACAAGUCAAAAAAGCAACAACCGCAACCGCCACAACAACCACUACAAUCACAACCACAAUUAUAUCACCCUCUAUCAUACGAAGAUUAUCAACUACCGCAAGGUUAUCAAAUACUACUACACGAAGGUUAUCAACUACCAUUACACGAAGAUUACCAACUACCACUACUCGAAGAUUACCAAUUACCACUACAAGAAGAUUAUCAACUACCACUACAAGAAGAUUACCAACUACCAUUACAAGAAGAUUACCAACUACCAUUACAAGAAGAUUACCAAUUACCACUACUCGAAGAUUACCAAUUACCACUACAAGAAGAUUACCAACUACCACUACAAGAAGAUUACCAACUACCACCACACGAACUACCACUAUACGAAGAUUCUUACCAAUCACAGCAUCUACAACCACAACAACUAUUGCAAACAAAUGAAAUUCAGCAAAACGACUAUCUACAAAAAAUAGAAAAUGUAUUGCUUUCUUACGAUCUAUACUUCAAUUAAAAACGGAGGCUGGACGACACGUGUAAUUUAUAAUCAUAUGAUCUUUCUGAAAAAAAUUUCUUUAAAAUAAUCAUUUUUUUUAUAUUUAAAUUUAAAUAUAUAUAUAAACACUUUAUUGCAUAUUUUAUUUUAAUUAAUUGUUAAAUUCGUACAUUUAAUUACAAGAUUUGAAUUUAACUUUUUUAUAUUCCU